UUCGAUCAUCUGAUACAAUAUGUGAAUUGUUGCAAUGUAACACAAGGAUCAUGGACCAUUCUGGUCAUUCCAGACUAGUGACAUCGCCAGAAAUCUCCGUUCCUGGCAACCUGGAGAUUCUAGCACAAACAGCUGCUUCCCAGUCCUCUGAUGACCAUGUAUACCCUGGAUUUGGACAUGUGUUAAAGCUAAGUGAGAAUGCCAGCUUGCCACUGCUGUCACAGCAGAUCAGGAUCGAAGGUCAGCCUGGGGGACCAAUGCUCAGCCAGACACAGUUGCACAAACUUCUCACAGCAGUAGAUUCAGAUAAGGGCCCCUCCCCCGGGCUUCUUUCUAUCAUCACAACCACCUCCAGCAUGGCAAAUAUGGGUGAUGGUGGCCAACAAAGUCCUGCUUCCCUGUCAAAUACUUCGCAAAUUUUAGGGCAUGCGGUUGGACCGGGGGAUGAAAUGCUCAGUGCCAUAAACUACAGUGAGAAUGAAAUUCUACAAGACAACACAUUUGAUGUGGGCGGAAAUCUUGGAAACCUGGAUGAUGGAAUUCUUUCCGGCAUUGGUAACCCCUCUCGUCUAGGCGAAACAACUGGAGAGCAAUAUCGCCUAUUUGAAAGCGAUGGUGAUCCACUCAUGGAUGAAUUAUCUCCCUUGGUUGUUGAUCCUAUAGUGUCAGAAUCCGGUGAUUCAAGCAUUUCAGACUCGGCUAUGGAUGAAAAGAAGAAAGGGGGUAAGCCCCGUCCAAAGACCCUAAAGGCCCAGCAGUUGUCCCCAGGGAAGGGUCAGGGUCCAUUCGAGUGUACCCAGUGCCAUAAAGUCUUCAACAACACAAGUGCCUUGGCGAAACACAAGCUCACUCAUAGCGAUGAGCGAAAAUUUGUCUGCAACACUUGCGAUAAAAAGUUUAAACGACAGGAUCAUCUCAAUGGCCAUUUGAUGACGCAUCGUGACAAGAAACCAUAUCAGUGCAUGGUGGGCAAUUGUGAGAAAAGCUACUGUGAUGCAAGGUCUUUAAAGCGGCACCUAGAAAACCACCACAACCACUCACAAGAUGAAAUUGCAGUGGAAAUGGUGUCUGCUACAAGUCAGGCAGCAGAAAUCCUGGCUGAAGUAACGGCUACCCAGUCUAAGUCUGUCAUUGCUGGUCAAGGUGCUCCCCUGCAGCUUACUUCUGCUUCUUCAGCCGUACAGGGAAAUGUUGCCACACAGCAGAUAAAACCUGAGUCUGAUACUAAAAAUAUUGUUACGCAAUCAAAUCAGCAGGUCCCGCAAGGUAAUGUCAUUGCUCAGCAGCUCAUGAUGAGUUCACCUUUGAAAUACGGACCAGCUGUAAUGGUGACGUUGGCAGUCAGUAAUCCAGUGAGCGGGAGUCAGAACAUUGGGGCUCAAUCAAAUGUAGCCCAGCAGACGGCAGGUAUGACGCAGGGGCAGUUUGAAGCUCUUCUGGCACAACAUCGGCAAAUACAGUUACAGCAGCAACAGACAAUAAAGCAGGAGCAGUUGAACAGUGAAUACACUGAUCAGUUUGAGGUUUAUAAGCAAAUGAAGAUUAAAGACAUUCCAAGCCUUCCACAACAGCAAGUUCAUCAAGACCAAACAAUUUCCCAACAACAAGCCCCACAACUGGUUCAGCAGAAGUUUGUGGCCAGCCAAGCAUCCCCAUCUCCAGGCUGGCCCACUCCCAACAUGCAGAGCCCGGCAAGCUCCGAGAUGUCCGCAGGCUACACAGAAAUGAGCCCGGGCCCACAAGAAGUUGUGGGUGGUGGAAGCCCAGUACGGGUUCUGCAGGCUCAAGGCUCUAUGCCAUCUCAGGUGCAGGCUUGGCUGAGUCAGGCCCAGCAGAAUAUACCGGCUCCAAAUACAAAUGCGAAUGAUGUAAAAGACAGUGAAGAAACUGCCAAACCAGUCAUGUGCUCAAUAUGUCAACGAAGAUUUAAGAAUUUGCCUGCCUUAAAUGGACACAUGAGAUUGCAUGGAGGAUAUUUCAAGAAGGAGGUUACAUUGAAAGAAGAAAAGAAAAAGAAGGAGAUGGCUCCACCAUCUGGCGUGCCAUCCAGAGCCUCUGGAGUCACUGUGGGAUCCCCUCAAAAUGGAACAGGGAAAAAAUCCAAGGGCACACCACCCUUGCAGAGUCCUCCUUCUGAAGAGGUAGAAGAAGUCUUGCAGCAACAGUUAAAACUACAUGCUCUUCAUUGGCAGCAAAAACAGGAGCAACAAAUGCAGCAACAGGAACUGCAUCAACAGCUUCAGUUGCAUCAACAACAACAACAGCAGCAGCAGCAUAAUCAGCAACAGUUUCAACAGAAUCAGCAACAGCACAAUCCUGGGAACCCUGGCAGUCAUAAUCCACACCAGAACCCACAUUCUCAGCAUCAUCAAGGUCAGCAGCAGCAGCAGCAACAGCAGCAGCAGCAGCAGCCAACUGUUGAAGACCAUAUAAAACAGAUACAGUUGAAAAUGCAGGAGCAGCAGAUGCAACAUCAACAACAGCAACAUCUACAACAGAUUCAGGCUCAAAUUGAACUGCAAGAACUCCAAAAACAACAACAACAACAGCAGUUACAACAGCAUCUGCUGUCACAGGUUACGCCGGGUCUUCCAGCUGGGGCACCAAUCGGGAACCAGUCUAAUACAGCUGGUAAUUCAGCUAGCCAUCAGCUCUCACAACUGCAGCUCAUCCAGCUGGCCCAGCAGGCAGGGGAUCUGGAUCAGUUUAGGAUAGAGCUCCUUCAACAAAAUUUACAACAACAGCAGCAGCAUGAGCAGCAACAGCAGCUGUUGAAUCAGCAGCACCAACAACCUAUAAUAUACGAGAGCUCCCCGCAGGGUCCACCUUCUAUGGGGGGUGGGGAUCUAAGCUUUAGUUCCCCAGGGUUUCCCCUUUCCCCCCAUGUGCCGGCCUCACCCCAGUAUCCACACACUCACAGUGUGCCCCAGUCCCCUCAGGUACCCCAGUCUCCUGUAUUCCAAAGGCAGGGCUCUGUGGAAUCCCUUAGAAGCCCACCAGGACAGGAUUACCACAAAGGUGGCCUCACACAGGUAAUGCAGCAAGAAACAAUUGGGCUCAAUUCACGGUUUACUGAUCAAGCAGUGCAGGAGUAUGGGGCCAUGCAGAGGGGAAAUGAGGAUAUAAUUAGGAAUAUUCAACAACAAUAUCAAAUACAGAAUUUGAAUAACCUCCACGGUGGCAAUCUUCAAAGUGCUAAUAUGGGAAACAUACAUAAUACAAGUACACUUGGAAGUGGUGACAGUGAAUUAGUAAGUCAGUUACAGCAGCAGAUACCUUAUAAUCAGGCUGUGAAUUUACAGCAAGAUCAAGGUGCUUUCCAGAGUCAACUAUCUGGACAUUUUGCUGUUGAUGACGAUAUGGCACCUUCAGGGGAACAGGAGGGUCAGCUGGUUGGUGGCCACACAACGAGCGAGAUUGUGUCACAAAUCAUAACAAGUUUAGAAAACUUGGGUGAGGUACCACCAGGGUCAAUGCAGCAAAUACAUAAACCUGAUAACAGAGGCUUACAACAGCUUUCUGAUCAAGUUUUUUCACCGGACAAUUCAAGGCUGUUUCAGCAACAGUCGGCAAGUGACAAUGAUAUCAAUAUGCCUAACAGUGGCUUUGCUCAUAAUUCAUCAGUUGUUAAUGAUCUGUUGACUUCAUCUAACUAUGAAUAUACAUUCACAGCACAACCCAUUGUUAGUGAAUCAAAGAUAAGUGUGAAACAAGAAAUAUUGAAACAUUUAGCUUCCAAGCCAUCUUCACCUAGAGCAUCUGCAACUUCACAGUUCUCAUUCCAAAGUAACUCAAAUUUAGGCUCUAGUACAAAUACAAAUUCAGCAAAUGGGUUGUCUCAACGACAGAGGCAUCACAGUGCUAAAGCUGAGCUCACCUUUGUCCCUGUCGUGUCGAAACCACAUGAAACAAACAGUGAGCUAAAGCGAAGACUCUCCGCAGGCCCGGAAGAUGUUCGUGCUCAUGUUUUGUUUUCCCCUACAAGUGCUUCAGAGUUUUCCAAACGAGAUUCGUUCUCAAAUACUUAUAUUAAACCUGUGUCAAGAUCUGAAGAUUACUCUAGGCCCCGGCUAAGAAGUAAGUCUGGUGAUGAUUAUAGAUUACAGUGGAGAGGAGGGGAAGACCCAUUUGCAAAACCAAAGAUUCGCAGUGAAGACUUGGCUCAUAGGCCACGCAGCAAAACUGACGAACAUUUACAUAAAUGGAGUAAUAGGGACAUAUUUUCACGUUCCGAUGGUGCUGGAGUGUUUAGAAACCCAUCUGGACUUGCCUUGGGGUCGUCCAAAAUGCGACGUAAAAAUCGACCAGCCCCAUUGAUAAUUCCCUCCCAUGCUAACAUGUGUGGUUUCCAAAGUCGCUUAAGAUCUCCUAGAAUUCAUGCGGACUCAGAUAUUACUUGUAACACGGCUCCAGUUCCGUAUACCCCACCUCCAAUGUUGAGCCCUUUGCGAAGGGGUUCGGGGUUAUUCUCAUCAAUUCAGCUAGCAGCAAUGGCCCCUCAUCCCCUGGUUCAGCCCCUGGUAUUACCUGGCCCACCGUUAACCCCUCACAGGCCGUCAUUGCUCAGAACUGCCAGUGUUACAAAGUCGGAAAAGGAAGAGUCGACAGAUGACACUGUGCCAUUUGUUGAAGAGCCACAUGCUCCAGAGUCCGAUAUUCUGCCCCAUGUGAAUAUUGGACCACAGUACCAAGCAUCUCUUCCUGCCUUUAACUCUGAUAAGAGGCGAGCUCAGUUUGAUGUCAGUAAAGAAGAUCUGGUGUUCAACUCAGCCUGUCUCCAACAUGUCUCUGACUAUGAAGUGCAAUCAUUCCAAGAUCUCGCAUGCAGUGCUGCUGUGUCUGGCAAUGGCUUUAAUGUGGAAUAUGCUCUACAGCUGUUGUACAUUGCGGGAGGCAAUAUACAGGAGGCAAUGGUGUUGUUGAUGUCCGGAGCGUGCAAACUGCCACAGACCCACCCUCUGGCCUCAUAUACAUAUCAAGAAUCUGAUAUUUGGACAACCGAAGAGAUCGACAGAUACACUACAGCCAUUCUGAAGUAUGACAAGGAUUUCUUCACAGUUGCAAAUGAGGUAAAAACUAAGACUGUUCGUCAGUGUGUUCAGUUUUAUUACUUGUGGAAGAAAGUUCUAGUUGACGACCACAAACGUUUGCGCAUCCUCCGACGCCGACGAGAGCAGGAUUACAACCUCCGUUCAACGAGAAACCAGCCUGACAACACCGCCAGUGCUGCAGCAACCACCCAGCAGGAGUCAACUUCGGAGGCAGAAAAAAGCAUAUCUGAUGUGAUGGAGGAGGGAGACGGAGCUAGCGUUGAAGAAGACGUAGAUUCCAUCUCCGAGGCCAGCACCUCCAUUGGCACAUUUGAUGAUCAUAGGGAGAAAGACCUAGAAGGUGAGGAUGUUGGCGAGUUGACGAUUGCCGAGCCGAGCCCGGUGAGAUCUGUGUCCCCCGUACCUUCCUUCCCGUGUGAUGUACCAGACUGUAACUCUAGCUUCACAUCGAAGGCAGCCCUCAAUGCCCACAUGAAGAUCCACAUACGAUCCACCAAGUCAAGUACCACCAUCCCUGCCGCCCGUUUUGAGACUAAACCAGCCCACACACCCCCGUCCCGCUCCCCCAUGCAUGUUGAGGCCCCACAGGAUGUUUUCCCAUGUAAACUGUGUGGAAGAGUAUUUGCAAAGGUGAAGAGCCGCAGUGCACACAUGAAAAUCCACCGCCCAGAUCAGGAUAAAGAGAGGGAAAAGAAGGCUAAGCUAGCCAAGCAACAGGCCGCAGCCGCCGCCAAGAUGGAGGCUUCUAUGUACGAAAACUUCCCCAAUUACUCUGGUGUUUCCAAUGGACCAUCACAUUUAGGAUAAGUAGAAGUGAGUGGGGAUAGGAAGAGGUCAGGUCCUGAUGUUGUUUAGGGACAGGAUUUUCCCCCUCUCAAGUGGAUUUACUAGUUUUAAAUUGCCCAGUUCCUUGUAUUUGCUUACACCGGCAGAUUCUUUUGUUGUCAUUUCAAUGGGUAAUUAGGGCAUCUUCAUCGCCAUAAUGGUUUCACCAGUUACAACAGGUUGUUACUACUAUUACCUGUUAGGAGUAUAACUAAAAGUGAUGUGCUACAUAUUGAAUUCUUGUUCUGCUUUGAUACUUCUUCUGUUUGUGUAAAUGUGAGUACCGGUAUACCUGACAUGUAACCCACCCAUCUGAUGGACUGUAUGCAUCACCUAGAAGUGUUAUUAUACAAUUUUGUCUAACAUUACUGUAGCUUUAAGAUAUUGGAACUUUGAUGUUAUUUGAUCUAAAUAUGAAGACUUUGACAUCCCUUCUAUAAUCGAAUAAAACUUGUGCAUAAUGCCAAAAGCAUUUUUGAACUGAUCGUCAGUAUUUGUGGUGAAAGUUUUGAAGGGACCUUAAUAUGUAUAGGUUUAAGAACAGGCAUCUCAUUUGUAAGCUACACUUCUUUUUGAUGCUGUUUACAAUGAUAAGACCUCUAGAGUAAGAUUUAUUGGCAAACCUUAUGGCAUUAUACUCCAUUGGACCAAUGGUCAUUUAAAGUUUAAUCAUAGCAAUGAUAGUUCGGAAUGUACUAAACUAUACAUUCAUUGUUAUUACUUUAAAUCCAGUAAAGGGGAAUGAAAUAUUGAAGCUUUCUCUGUGAUAUUAUUUUAGUCUUUUUGAAUGUUAUACUUUCUUUCUCAAGUUCUAGUAAAGGAGGUGAUGAUUUUUAAACUGAACUUUUUCUUUUAUACUUCUAAUUUUGUCAAAUGAGGUAAAACCUUAUUUUUUUAUUGCCUUGAUGUCUUAAAUUCUAGUUGACGUAUAUAUUAUUGGCAUUUAGAAAGUUCUAUGCGUAUUUUGUUUUCGGUAUUUCAAUGUCUCAUGUUGUUUACUGGCUAAUGUAUAAUUACACAGUAUACAUACAUGUAUUACAUUUUGACAGAAGUUACUUAAUUGUAAAAGGCAGCUUAUUGUGAAGUCAUAUCAUGGAUAAAAUGUUAAAGGUUUGAAAUUUACGGAAUUUGAAAAAAAAAAAUUUUUUAAAGAGGCUCUUUCACAGUUUUUAUAUUGGUUAAUCUAUUAAUUAUAUACAUUUUUAGCUCCACUGGCCGAAGGCCAUGGAGCUUAUGUCGUCACAGAUUGUCCGUCGUGAGUGCGUGCGUGCGUGCGUGCGUGCGUGCGUAAACUUUUACUUUAAACGACAUCUCCUCUGAAACUGAUAAGCCGAUUUUGACAAAACUUCACAGGAAUGUUCCUUUGGUGGUCCUUUACCAAAAUUGCUCAAAUGGUUCCGGUCCAUUGCACAAUAUGGUCGCCAGAGCUAAAAAUAGCAAAAUCUUUAAACGACAUCUUCUCUGAAACGGUUCGGCAGAUUUUGAUGAAACUUGACAGUAAUGUUCCUUGGGUGGUCCUUUAUUAAAUUUGCUCAAAUGGUUCUGGUCCAUUGCACAAUAUGGCCGCCACAGCUAAAAAUAGCAAAAUCUUUAAACGACAUCUCCUCUGAAACGGAUAGGCAGAUUUUGAUGAAACUUGACAGAAUUGUUCCUUGGGUGGUCCUUAACCAAAAUUGCUCAAAUGGUUCCGGUCCGCUGCACAACAUGGCUGCCAGGGCAAAAAAAUAGAAAAACCUUUAAAGAACAUCUUCUCAGAAACCGAUGAUCAGAUUUUGAUGAAACUUAACAGAAAUGUUCCUUGGAUGGUCCUUUAUCAAAUUUGCUUCAAUGGUUUCGGUCCACUGCACAAGAUGGCCCCCAGAGGUAAAAAUAGAAAAACCUUUAAACGACUUCUCCUCAGAAACCGAUGAUCGUAUUGCAAUGAAACUUGACAGAAAUGUUACUUGGGUAGUCCUUAACCAAAAUAGCCCAAACAGUUCUGGUCUGCUGCACAACAUGGGCACCAGAGCUAAGAAUAGAAAAAAAACGUUAAACUACAUCUUCUCAGAAACCGAUUAUCAGAUUUUGAUGAAACUUUACAUAAAUGUUCAUCGGGAUGCCCUUUAACCAAAAUUGCCCAAAUGGUUCCGGUCCGCUGCACAACAUGGCUGCGAGAGUUAAAAAUAGAAAAACCUUUAAGGACUUCUCGUCCGCAGUCUUCACGAAAAACAUUUUAACCUACUAGCCAGUUGGACUAGCAUAAUGGCAUAUUUUACUAGUCCGAAUGACAAUCUAGUAGUCCGACUAUUUUGCCACAUUAUAAAACUGUAUGCUUGAGGUAAAUACCUAUUUCAAUUGAGCAGCUUGCAGUUUGAGUAAACAUUUCUUUAUUAUGAUGCUCAUGCAGUGAUAGGGAGUGACAUCCUUCUGUUGGGAAUAGUGCUCCUUGUUUUUCAGAACCUAUGGGUACUAUGUAAAAACAAAAGACAUCUUGCUUGAAUAGACUGUAAUAAUAUCAACAUGGUUAGAAAAGAAAUGCCAUGCUUUAAUAGCUUUGAUUACAUUUUACUACUGAAUUACCUCCCUUUAAUAGAAAAAAAAAUAAUGUCUUAAUUUUUCACGUAUAGCAUCUUUAAAUAAUUUUUAAACAAUAAUUAUUUAUGAGUAAACAUAUAAGCAUAAAGUUCUCACAAAAAGAUCAAUUUAAAAACCUUACAUUUAUACAUAGGAAAGUAUAUAUAAACUGAACAUUAAUUUUCGUUUAAGUGACAUUCUGAAAGUUUAUGAAACAGCUAUUUUUAGUAACUUAAAUGGCCGAAAAGUGUAAGUGAAACAUCUCGUCAGUUCUUGUUCAGGUUAGAUAUUUGCUUCAUAAUCUAUUCAGAUUAAAUGUUAACCGAUGAUCAGAUUUUGAUGAAACUUGACAGAAAUGUUCCUUGGGUGGUCAUUAACCAAAAUUUGUUAAAUGGUUCCAGUCCACUGCACACCAUGGCUGCCAGAGCUAAAAAAUAAAAAAAAACUUUAUACGACUUGUCGUCGAAACCGAUGACCUUUUUUCGAUAAAACUUGACAGAAAUGUUUGUUUGGUGCUCCUUUACUCAAAUUGCCCAAAUCAUUUCGGUCCACUGCACAACAUGGCAGCCAGAGCUAUUAAAGUAAAAAUUUUUUUUAAAUAACUUCUCCUCAAAAAUUGAUGAUUGUAUUUCUAUGAAACUUGACGAAAAUGUUCGUUAGGUGGUCUUUGCUUGAACCUUUUGGCCAGUGGAGCACAGGCACUGAUGUGCCUCUUGUUUUAAAUGUUGUUAAAAUGGAUUUAUUUUAUUUUACCUACUUUUAUUAAAAGCACCGAACAGCAACUGGCAGUCUCAAUUAAGGAGACAUUUGUUGAUUUAGCCUAAUAGAAUCAUUCCAUUUACAGUAUUGUUACUAAGGGCUAUACAGUACAAAGUGUGCAGGGUUGCCAAUUUUGACAUGCCAUAAUAACUAUCUCUUAAGAAAAUACUUAACCUUGAAGUCAUAUUUAAGGGAACAGAAUGGCCUUUUGUAGCAACUUAUUUUUUUCCAAAAGUUACACUGCAUGAAUCUUUUUUUAAAUGUACAAAAUGACAGUGGUAUAAAUGUAAGUGGUAUUUCAGUAUAAUGCUUUCAUUUCAAGUUUCCUUUGAUUUGGUCGAUAUAUAAAGGAGUUGAAUCCUGUGGGGGAGUCCCUUUAAUAGCAAAUAACCACUGUAGAAAGAUUCCUGAUGAAAAAUGAUGACAUAUUAUAAACCAAAGAGUUUCCACUUUUCCAGUUAACUAUUGUUGUUGAAUUAACAGUGUUGGCUGUGUGAACUGUAUUCUUUGGAACUAUUUUUUGCUUGGGCCUUUAUCCACCUGCCUUUAUCUCCAAGCCUCUCAUGACCUUUCUAAUGGCAACAUUAAUAUUUGUAAACAUUUGAAUUGUGUAUACUAUCUGUUGUACAUAUUCAUAGUGUGUGAAUCUUCAUCUAUGAAGUAGAUUUUACAUCAUGCUUUGAUUAAUCCAAAAUAGUUGAUACAAAAACAAUUGGGUAGUCCUUAUGUGUGUGCUUGAAAAGUAAACAUGUAUUUCUUAUACAUUUCUGUACAUGUAUAGGUAUGAUGUGUACAGAUAUGUGAUGUUUAACUGAAGAAGUAGAUUUUCCAUCUAUCGGCUUAAGUUUGUAACAUUUUUAUAAAUAUGUAUGAAUGAUUUUUAACUACUUUUUAUGCAAUGUCCUUGACUGAUCUCUUUCAUACACAGGUGGUGUGUAUCGCUCAUUCUGCAUAGGUAUAAAAUGAAAUAUUUCAUGUUAAAAUGAUUUCUAGUGGUUAAAUUAAACUGAAAAAUACAAUUCUUCAUUAAAAUAUGACUGAUGAUCUGCAAUUAUCCAGAUAUUAGCUUAAGCUUUUUCAUUAGGGUAUUAUUUUGUGUCAAUAAAAUGUAUUGGAAUAGAGUACCAGUAUAAGACCACUAGGAGACCCUUGUACCUUUAGUUUUUGUUAAGUAUCUCUAAUUAUCUUUAAAUUGUAUGUUAUGGUUGCUGAUUUCUGCCAUUUCAUAAUUUCAAAGCGAAAACAGCAGUUUGAAAACACCCAAGUGUCACGCUAAAAUGUGAAAUAAAAGACCCAACUCUUGGCACAUUUUUGCCUUAAGAUAUGCAAGAAAAUGCAGCUGUAUGAUUUGUCUGACUUGAUACAGUUUGCGCAAGUUUACCAGAAGGCAAAGGGGCAAAAAAUUAGCCCAGUGGCCGGGGCAAAAAUGCACCCCAUAAAUAUUUUGUAUUUUCGCCUGAUCAAAAAAUUUUGCCUGUUGUAGUGAAAAACUGAAAUCACGAAAUGGCAGUAAACAGCCAACAUAUUUUAAAGAAAGUUACAAUUUUAUUGAUGGUUAUGAUUUUGUGCAAUAUAUUGAUGGAUGUUAUUGGAAUGAUAGAAAAUGAAGUGUUCUAGUCACAAUCUUGGCUGACACAAUACUUAUAUACGGUACAAAGAAUUAGGAUAUGAAUUAUAGAUAUAUUUACAGUAUCAAUAAUUAAUUUCAAAUUCUAAAAAAUGACCACCAUCUGGGUUUUAACACUUAGAUAUGUGACCAAAUGGUACAAAUUAUUAUUAUUGAUUUUGAAUAAUGAUCAUUUAUUUGUUCCUCAUUGAGUUAGGAUAAUUUGAGGUUUAAGUGUCCAGUGGGUCCCUAUUUCAAUGAAGAUUUAAGUUGAUCUUAUUUGUAAAUUUAAAUGAUCUAAGUGUCAUAUUUUCCUCAUUCUGCUACAUAUUUGUGUGAAUUCAACUUCAGCAAGUAUUGAAAAGGAACACAAAAGUUGAGAAAAAAGUGUUGCCAUAUGUGACUCAAUUAAUACUAUUGAACUUACGACUAAGAUCCGUUAUAAAACAAGCCCCCAGUGCCCAGUUCCUGUAAAGAUCGUAAGGCUUAAGAAUAUGAAUUUCAAAGCAUGACCCCAUUUUUGGCGUAAAUUGCAUUAUAAUAGAAACAUGAGGAGAUUUGUCACAUAGAUUCUGCCUGUAACUUGAUCGUUGUCCCUGAGCACUCUUAAGUAUCACGAGAUGUAUGACUGAGAUAUCUUAAGGAAAUGGGGCCCAGAUCAUAAAGACUUUUAGUUAGAGGUAGGUUUAGGGAAGACACAUUGGCUUUGACUUGGACUACCAGGGUAAACAUUAUACAGUGCUAAUGAAUUAAGUACUUUACAGCCAGCUUAUUAUCUUACUUCAAAAUAUUGUAAAAUCAAGAAUUUUAGUUUGAUAAAAUGUUAUUAUCACCAUUAUUAGUGUUGCUGAAAGUUUCACUUGCAAAUUCAAAAAAAAAUUUGUCUUUCCACUUCUUUAUACAAAUUUGUUUUGAAAUACAUAUGAUUACGACUGGGUCAUGCAUGAUUCGGAAAAUAACCAUACGAUCCAAUCAAUGAUAACAGGGUCCCAUUGUGUAUAAAUCUUAUAGUGUUUCCUUUAUUAAUUGAAAUUGCUGUUUGAGAGACACAUGCAAUCAUCAUUGUGCAAUAGAUGAUAGACAGACAAAUGUACACAUAUUUUGAUAUUAGCAUGAUGAACAGUACACACUCUUGAAUGUACUGUGGUAUGUGUAAAAAGAGGGACUUACCAUAUUGUGUCAUUUCAAUUUUGUUGCCCAAUACAAUGUUUGACAUUUAACCUCUGAUGGGUUGAUUUUAAUGUAGCAACACAAAACAAUUACCUAUUCUUCCUUGUUAAAUGUUCAUGCUGCAUUGACACUGCAAUCUGCUAUUGAUAGUAUGAACGCCUAUAAUUUGAACUUGAUGCAGUAACCGUGCAUUUAACUAAAUUAGCUAAUUGUUCAGAACUUGGUUCAAGUUAACAAUGUGAUUUAUGACAUCAUUGUUAUUUUUUAACCGUGAUCGAUUUGAUGAUGUGCUAAUAUAUUUACAAUAAUGCAAAAACAAAUACAGCUUUAAAAGUUGUCUUGAAACAUGUUUGGAACACUGCAGAUCACAAGUGUUUCCAUUAUUUUUCCACAAGAGUAAAGAUUUGAAAGUGAACAAUGAUACAGUUAACAGUGUGUGUAUAUACCACAUGAUAACAUCAUAAAUGCUACAUCGGAAGGCAACAUUUUGCUUCGAAUGAAGACUUUAAACAAAGAUAACUUACCUAUUUUUUCAUCAUUUAAAAUGAAACAGCGCAGUCUAUGCCGCUUAUGGAGCCCCGCCUUCGGUCUUUUACCAGAGUUUGAUUGGGAGUUUAUUUUCUUAAAACACUUUUGACAACCCUUUCACAAUACGGCCGUCUGACAUAGCACUGUCAAAACAAUAUUUUGGAAAAUGGUUUGUUGAAGUGUUUGAUGAAACGUAUCACCUUAUCAAACUUCCGAAAUAAAAUGAAGGCGGGGUACUUUAAGUGUCAUAUACUGCCCUUUGUUUCAUUUAAAAUGGUGUUGUAAAAGAAAAGUUAUCUUCUCUUAAGUCUUCAUUUAAAGCAAAAUGGUUCCUUCCAAUGUAGCAUAUAUGACGUAAUUUAUCACGUGGUAAACACACACUGGUCAACAAUGUUUAAUUUAACGAAAUUCUGAUCAAUUAGCCCAAUGUUUUCAUUCUUUAACUUUAUCAUGUAUCAGCAAUAGUAUUUUACUUUGUUUUCCAGUGAAAUAAUUGUUUGACAGAAUGACGUGAUGUUCAAAUAUGGUAGAAAUGUCUUCCCACGACUGGCCAUUCCAUUAAUGUUUGUGUUUAUGUUCGGUGAAAUGUGUGUAGUUGUCAUUGAAUUGUUAAUAGAAAACUUAUUGUGUCAUAUCUUUGAGCCUUGAAGAUUGAUGUCUACAAUUACUAAUAAUUAAUAUAAUCAUGGAAGCAUGAGAUACACAGGGAUUACUUUGUUUUGCGUAGGCGUCAUCCUUUCAUUUCUGAUUUAUAACUUUUUAAAACUGCACUUUCUAAGAUUGACCUUUUUUAUCUUUUACGUCUUGGAAUGAGCAUUUUUUUGCAUUAAAGUCAUGAAUCCAGUGAUAUUAGAAGACAGACUAUUAGAUUGCAGUUUUUCAGAAUUAUCGUUGAACAUAGAUGUUUUAUGGCUAAAAGUUUGUAAUGCUUUAAGAAAGUUUAAUUUUUCAGCUGUUUUUCGACCAAUUGAGAUCAUUUCUGUUGUGAGUUAUGUCAUAUGACUGAAUUGAAGGCAUUGGUACCAAAAUAAUUGAUUCUGAAACAAAAAAAUAAUAUAAUGUCAAAACUGUCAUUCUGUGAGAGUGCAUCUUUAAUGACUUGUUGGGCUCAUGAGUCUUUCCACUUGGUAUAUUCACAUUCAUCAUGGUCUGUAAAUGACCCCUAUAAGUGGUUUGUAGGUCAAAGGCCAAGGUCAUACUGGCCAUUACCUCAUGACAGGUGACACAUCCAUUUUGCGGAAUACUAGUUGCAUGUCAGAUUUGUUAGACACAAAAAAUUACAUGUUUGUAAUAUAGGUUGAUUGUCGAAGAGAUAUUAGGGAUUAAAUAUGUUUAUUGUUAUUUGAAUAUGAUUCUGUUGCUUUGUGCAUUUUCUACCCUGCCUUUGAUAUUUUUCCUUGUAAUAUUCAUUUAUCAUACUGUCGUCUUUGCCUGUGAUAUGUUAUAAGUCUAAAAAGCCCUUUCUGUACAGAAUAUAUCUGGACAUGUUUUAUGAUUGAAAUUCUUUUAUCUAGAUUUUAUGAUGUAGUCAUAUUGUUUUGUCAUAGUGUGUGAUUUUUUCUCUUAAAUAUAUAUAUUAUAAUAGAUUGUAAUGAUUUUAUAGAUUAUUUUUUUUCAUUAUAAUUAUGUUCAUAAUAUCAUGUACACUUAAAUGAGAAAAUGUUAAAAUGAUUCAUAAAACUAAGUGAAAAUUUCAAUGUGUGUCAAUUACUUUUUAAUUACAUUUGCUAAUUACUGCUCUUUUAUAUUAACCCGAAAAUUAUGUGAAGAAAUGCCUUUUUCUCGAUUCAUUGUUUUAUACAGUUAUUGAUUUUAUGUACAUGUACUGGAUUAUAUAUGUCCUAAAUUAAUCCUAAAUUAGAAGAGGCUUCAAGCCAAAAUGUAUACAAUAUGUAACUGCAUAGAUAAAAUCAGCUUAGACAUUUGCCACACAUUUACAUCUGUAUAUUUAUCAUCUUCAUGAUACAAUUCUAUGUAAUUUACGUCAUCUUUGGCAUAUUUUUAUUUGUUGUUUAUGUAGACUGAUGUAUGCCGUUAGUGCGCAAUUUGAGUUGGAUGUAAAAUGCCAGUGUGUAGCAGUAUUUGCUAUUGGUAUAUGACAGUCUCUUAUAAUAAAAUGCUCAGAAUA